AUGAAGCUAACUGAAAGGAACACCACAAACCUGAAGAGGCAUAUAGAGGUGCGCCAUUCUGAGAUAUAUGCCAAGUACAUCCAAGCUGAGCCUCCUACUAAUAAGUCCUUGUCCAGCCUGGUGGUACAGCUGCUGCAGUUUCAGGAGGAGGUGUUUGGGAAACAUGUCAGCAAUGCACCUCUCACCAAGCUUCCAAUGAAAUGCUUCCUAGAUUUCAAAUCUGGAGGAGCAAUGUGUCAUAUCUUAGCUGCAGCGUAUAAGUUCAAGAGUGACCAGGGCUGGCGACGAUUUGAUUUCCAGAAUCCAUCAAGAAUGGACCGUAAUGUUGAGAUGUUCAUGACAAUAGAGAAAUCCUUAGUGCAGAACAACUGCUUAACAAGACCCAACAUAUAUCUUAGUUCUGAUAUUGAGCCAAAACUUCUCAGCAAGUUGAAGGACAUCAUCAAGCGGCACCAAGGCUCAGUGACUGAUGAUAAAUCCAGCUGCUCCCACAUUGUGGUGCCAAUGCCAAGUAGCUUGGAGGAAGAGGAAUGGGUUCGACCUGUGAUGAAGCGGGACAAGCAGGUUCUUUUACACUGGGGCUACUAUCCUGAGAGUUAUGACACCUGGAUUCCUGCAAGUGAGGUGGAAGCAGCUGUGGAGGAUGCUCCAAAUCCAGAAAGACCUAGAAAGGUACACGGCAAGUGGAUUCUUGAUCUUGAUACUUUUAAUGAGUGGAUGACAGAAGAAGACUACGAGGUCAGUGACGGUCCUCGUCGCAAACGGAUAUCUGCCAAGACUCUCACUGAUGAGGUUAGCAGUCCUGACUCAGACAGAAGGGACAAGAAAGGGACAAAUUCAAAGAAGCGAAAACGUUCUCCAUCACCGUCUCCCACUCCCACUCCUGAAGCUAAGAAAAAGAAUGCCAAGAAAGGCCCAUCAGCUCCCUAUACCAAGUCAAAACGUGGCCAUCGAGAGGAGGAGCAAGAGGAUCUAACAAAGGACAUGGAUGAGCCUUCCCCAGUUCCUAAUGUGGAAGAAGUAACAUUGCCCAAAACAGUUAAUACCAAAAAGGACUCUGAAUGUGCACCGGUGAAGGGAGGCACUAUGACUGAUUUAGAUGAACAGGAGGAUGAUACAAUGGAAGCUGCUGGAAAGGAUGAGGAGGAAAGUUCAUCUGGAAACAAAGGAGAGCAAACAAAGAACCCAGAUCUACAUGAGGAUAAUGUAACUGAGCAAACUCAUCACAUAAUCAUUCCCAGUUAUGCUGCCUGGUUUGACUAUAACAGUGUCCAUGCAAUUGAGCGCCGUGCCCUACCAGAGUUCUUCAAUGGAAAGAACAAGUCCAAGACACCUGAAAUUUACCUGGCCUAUCGGAACUUCAUGAUUGAUACAUAUCGGUUAAACCCCCAGGAGUACCUGACUUCAACAGCUUGUCGACGAAAUCUAGCAGGAGACGUUUGUGCCAUCAUGAGAGUCCAUGCCUUCUUAGAGCAGUGGGGUCUGAUCAACUACCAGGUGGAUGCUGAGAGCCGCCCUACCCCUAUGGGACCCCCACCCACUUCUCACUUCCAUGUUCUGGCUGACACACCAUCUGGACUAGUGCCAUUACAGCCCAAGACACCACAGACACCAGCCUCACAACAAAUGCUGAAUUUUCCAGAUAAGGCCAAGGAGAAGCCAACAGAUCUACAAAAUUUUGGCCUUCGAACAGAUAUGUACUCUAAAAAGAAUGUGCCAUCUAAGAGUAAAAGUGCUGCCAGUGCCACCAGAGAAUGGACAGAACAGGAAACACUUCUUUUGUUGGAGGCUCUGGAGAUGUACAAAGAUGACUGGAAUAAGGUUUCAGAGCACGUUGGGAGCCGCACCCAGGAUGAAUGUAUUCUUCACUUUUUGCGACUCCCUAUUGAGGACCCAUAUUUGGAAGACUCGGAUGCUUCAUUAGGACCCUUGGCAUUCCAGCCUGUUCCAUUCAGCCAAUCGGGAAACCCUGUAAUGAGCACAGUGGCCUUCUUAGCAUCAGUAGUGGAUCCUAGAGUGGCUUCUGCUGCUGCCAAGUCUGCCUUGGAAGAGUUUUCUCGCAUGAAGGAAGAGGUCCCAGCAGCCCUGGUUGAGGCCCAUGUGAAAAAGGUGGAAGAUGCAGCACGCAUCACUGGCAAGUUGGAUCCUUUGUUUGGCUUGGAGAGCAGUGGUAUUGCUGGAACUGUGAUGGAAGAACCAGAGAAAAUGGAUGAGGGAACAGAAGAGCCCAAGAGUGACAGUCAGCCAACAGAAGAUAAACGGGAACCCAAGUCGCAUGAGAGUAAGGAGGGCCUUCUAGAGGAUGAGGGGAAAGAAAAAUCUUGUGACAAUGGAAAAAAGGAUGAAGAGAGAGCCAAAGACACAGAUGUGGAGAAAGAAGGCGAAGGAGCAGAUGGCGAGGCAGGGGAAAUAGAGAAAGAGAAGGACUCAAGGGAGGAUUCAGAGGAUGGUAAAAGAGACAUUGAGUGUGAAGGGGAGAAGAAAACCAAAGUAGAGAGAGACAUUGGUGAAGGAAAUCUCGCUACUGCUGCUGCCUCUGCACUUGCUGCCGCUGCUGUCAAGGCUAAGCAUCUGGCAGCAGUGGAAGAGAGGAAGAUCAAAUCUCUGGUCGCUCUUUUAGUUGAGACUCAAAUGAAGAAACUGGAAAUAAAACUGAGGCACUUUGAAGAACUUGAGACUAUAAUGGAUCGAGAGAGGGAAGCGUUAGAGUACCAGCGCCAGCAGCUAUUGGCAGACAGGCAGGCCUUCCACAUGGAACAGUUGAAGUAUGCAGAGAUGCGGGCCCGCCAGCAGCACUUCCAGCAGAUACAACAACAGGCUCAAGCUCCACCACCAUCAGGAUCUGUGGCUCCUAACAGUACUGGCCAGCCUCCUUCUGCCCCAGCUGCUCAGUCUGUGCCAUCAAAUGUCAAUACUGGGGCAACUCCCAAUAGCACCCAAUGUGUAGAACAGAGCGGAGCCCCACCACAGCCGACCCCACCCCCGGGGGCAACACAGCCAUCUUCUGUUAACCUGCCUACGCCACCCUCACAGACUGGACACCCAGCUGCCUCCCAGCAUGAGCCCAGUGCCACAAUGCCUCCAGACUCUCUUCCGCCAGCAUCAGCCUCAGCUGUACCAUUUCCUCCUCCGCAAUAAGUGAUGUAGAAAAGGAGUGUUGCAACAAAAGACUGGGCCCCCACCACACCUUCCCCACCCUUAUCCCCUGAUGCCUCCCAGUCCAAAGAUCCUUCUUUGGGACUGUGUUUUGGAAAGAAAGGUCGGCUGUCCAUGGACUUUUCACUUUUUGUGCAAGAUUUCUCUUCCUCCUUCCCUGCAAGAGCAGUACUGCUUGCUACAUUUUUUAUUUUUAUUUUUUAUUAUUUUUUUUGGUAUUAUGCCAAGUGGGCCCUUACUGUAGGAAUCUUGGUUUAUUACACAAGAGUGCUGCGCUUCUGUCUUCCUUUGGCAUGGAAAUUCCAUGUGACAGUUUUAUUUGAAAAUAAGUCCUUUUAGAACUAAUGUUCCUGAGCUGCAGACACUUUAUAAAGCAAAUUGCAUUUAUUGUCCCCCCUGGAUAGACAUUAGUGAUGGCUAUAUGGGCGUUCCAGCAAGGAGACCUAAGAAAACCUUUUUUCCAGAACAAAGUUGGCUGCCUGAACUGUUGCACCCAAGGAGAUUUUUGUGAAAAAUUUGGUCUUGGUGGGGGGGUGGGGGGGUUGGUGGGGGACGGGACCCAUUGUUCACUGAUACUGCCAGGAGGUCCUUUUGAUUGCUUUGACUUAAUACUUACUGACAGAAGUCCGGAAUGCGAGCCAAGGGGGAUUCGCUACAGGAGGCAACCUUAGUUAAGGCAAGCUACAUACAGACUUCCAAACUUAAAAGUGUUGAAGAAAACAAAAAGUGUAGAAAGACUAAAGCUACCACUUGAGGAAGUGGUACCAGUCUUUGAAUUCAUAUUAUCAAAUAUGAGGAAUAAAAAAUAACCUUGGAGGACUGCACUGCAUUUAAUGCUCAACAGUUACACUAAAAUCCCAUAUUUCUUCAUUUCCUGUGGUUUUGUGGAAACAAGAGUGAGAAAUUGGUUACAGGGAGUGAUGCACUUGCAGGGGUUGCCUGAAACCCAUGUUUAUUAGUCCUGUGUCAUCAUGUAGAGGAGCAAGAGAGGCCUGCAGUAGAGUCAAGAAGCACCUAUUAUACUGAGGAUUUAUGCAGCAUCUGAGCCAUGUUUUCCUGCAAAUGCCAGUUUGAUCAUCUGCAGGAGAUGUUGUGAGUGGCCUGCUGCAUUGUCUUCCUACAGUGGAAUACAGGUACAUGCUGCAUCUUUAUAUGAUCCAAUUUAUGAAUGGUGAAGUACACAGAGGGGUGCUGGUUGUGCUGCCUUCUUAUUUAUUCCCCUAUUCAAGGUAGGCUAUUGGCUUCUGUCUUCUUGGUAAGUGUGGGAUCAUGAAGUCUUAACAGAGCAUCACCCCUGGGUGCUGUGUUGCCUACACAAUCCCACAUUACACUGCUGUGCCAAAUUCACCUUCUUCACUCAUCAGACAUAUACGGAUAGUGCAGUGCAAUGCACUGCUGAUCAUUCUGGGUGACAGAAGUCAUUUUGGCAGUGUCUGGUUAAAACCCAUUCCAUCUGUAGUCAGAGAAAAAAAAUUCUAAGCGGGUGGGUGGUGGUAGAAUUAGUGUCCGUUUUUGGCACAGACUGAGAUGAGCAAUGCCUGAAUGUAAAUUAGUCCCCUUUGGGUGAAGCCCCGUCCAGAUUUUAAACUGGUAAAAUGGAAAUAAAGUGUGCUGUAAGAUGGGAUGGAGUGUGAACUGUUUACUGUAGUCCCAGUUUAACUGGUAUUGUUUAUGAAGUGAAACCUGCCUAGUUGUUUAUUGUCUGUUUAGGUGGUUUCUGUUUUUUUUUUAAUAUAUGUAUAUGUUUAAACUCCUGGGAACUUAUUUAUUUAAUUACAAAGAAGCAUUUAAUGGAUUUUUUUGCAAGUGAUCUUCAGGGGGGGUGGGGGUGUUGAUAUGUCAUGUCUGUAGUCUAACAGUAGCAUUUCAAAUCAUGACGUAGGGAAGGGCUGUAACUCUGAACAGAAAAUCUGAAGGCAUUCAUCUCCGUUGCAGCACCCCAGUCUGGCAAGGCUUGUCAAUCCCGGUUGUUUGGCAGUCUCCACUCAGCGAACAGGGAGGUGGUGGGACGACAUUCCCCUAGUUCAGCAACAAGGUGAGGCAUCUUUAUAAUCUCAGAAACCCACAAAAUGUCCUUCCCGGGCCUCACAUCCAGGGUAACAGUGAGAGCUGGGCGUGAAUGGUGGGGGAGGAAGCAUGUGGGGUGAAUUGUGAACAGAAUGACAAUUUAUUAUGAUACAAGCCUUUUUGAGUGAAUUCAGUGUGUGUCCUAGCAUUGUUACUUUUUUAUGUAAUAUCAAUUAAAACAAAACCAACUUUGUUGA